AGGAGUGUAAGGGGAAUACUUGCUAAACUCUGCCUCCUCUAUUAUUUAUGUCCGAGCAUGAUUUAUGAGGAAUCAAAGAUGAACUUGGAGCAGGAGAGGCCUUUUGUCUGCAGUGCCCCAGGCUGCUCACAGCGUUUUCCAACAGAGGAUCAUCUGAUGAUUCACAGGCACAAACAUGAAAUGACUUUGAAGUUUCCUUCAAUAAAAACAGAUAAUAUGUUAUCAGAUCAGACUCCCACACCAACGCGCUUUCUGAAGAACUGUGAGGAAGUCGGCCUCUUCAACGACAUCGACUGCUCCCUAGAGCACGAGUUCAGGAAGGCACAAGAAGAAGAGAACAACAAAAGGAAUAUCUCCAUGCAUAACACAGUCGGAGGAGCAAUGGCAGGACCUGGAUCCCACCAGCUGACAAACACAAGGAUGCCAAACCAUGACACCAGCGUUGUGAUUCAACAAGCCAUGCCGUCUCCACAGUCCAGUUCUGUCAUUACACAAGCACCUUCCACAAAUCGGCAGAUUGGGCCUGUCCCAGGUUCUCUGUCUUCACUACUGCACCUACACAACCGACAAAGACAGCCUAUGCCUGCCUCUAUGCCUGGCACCCUGCCCAACCCUACCAUGCCAGGAUCUUCUGCUGUACUCAUGCCUAUGGAGCGACAAAUGUCAAUGAACUCCAACAUCAUGGGGAUGCAAGGGCCGAACCUCAAUAAUCCAUGUGCCUCACCUCAAGUUCCCCCAAUGCAUUCAGAAGCCAAAAUGAGACUGAAGGCAGCACUGACUCAUCAUCCUGCCGCCAUGUCAAAUGGGAAUAUGAACACCAUGGGCCACAUGAUGGAAAUGAUGAGCUCGCGACAGGACCAGACACCGCACCAUCAUAUGCACUCACAUCCUCAUCAGCACCAGACACUGCCACCUCACCAUUCAUACCCACAUCAGCACCAGCAUCCGGCACACCAUCCUCACCCUCAGCCUCAUCACCAGCAGAACCAUCCCCACCACCACUCCCACUCGCACCUUCAUGCACACCCAGCACACCACCAGACCUCACCGCAUCCACCACUGCACUCGGGCGGACAAGCACAGGUUUCGCCGGCGGCACAGCAGAUGCAGCCCACGCAGACGGUACAGCCACCACAGCCGACUGGAGGUCGCCGGAGGAGGGUGGUGGAUGAAGACCCAGAUGAGAGGAGGCGGAAAUUUCUGGAAAGGAACCGAGCUGCUGCCACGCGCUGCAGACAGAAGAGGAAGGUCUGGGUGAUGUCACUGGAAAAGAAAGCAGAAGAGCUCACCCAGACAAACAUGCAGCUUCAGAACGAGGUUUCCAUGCUGAAAAAUGAGGUAGCACAGCUGAAACAGUUAUUGUUAACACAUAAAGACUGUCCGAUAACAGCUAUGCAGAAAGAAUCACAAGGAUAUCUAAGUCCCGAGAGCAGUCCUCCUGCAAGCCCGGUCCCAGCUUGCUCCCAGCAGCAAGUCAUCCAGCACAACACUAUAACGACCUCUUCCUCUGUCAGCGAUGUCGUGGGAAGCUCCACUCUCACCCAGCUCGCCAGCCACAGAACAGACAUCAACCCCAUCCUUUAAAAGUGGUUGAUCAGAAACUGCUGGGGGAGUGUGGUACCGUAUCAAAGCAUCCUCUCUGCUAAGGACAUUUGCAACCGUAACUCAAGCCUGGAAGAUUUCUCAGUUCUUGAAAGACUCUGGCUAUUCAUUUUUAUAGUUAUUAAAAUGUCUUUUAUACUUAGCUACAUAAAAGGGAGUUACGCAAU